AUGGCUGAACAAAAGCCCACCGGACAUGUCGGGAACUUGACAAAAGAAGAGGAGGAGAAGCUCCAGGAGUUCUGGGCUGCGCUCUUCAAGCUUUGGGGGUUCGUUGCCAGUGAGCGGCCGGAGAAGGAGCAGCAGAAUGGAGGAAGCGUGACGCCCUCUGAUGCCGGGACUCCCGAUGCGAAGAAACCCAAAAGGAGACUGGGCCUCUUCAGCAGGAAGAGCGACACUGCUAAUGAAUCUCCAUCGGAUAGCUUGUCGAGUUCGGCCUCAGGCUUGAAGUUAUCCGACGUGGAAGACAAGUACGGUGAGACCAAGGAGUUCCUCGAGGCUCUGAAGGAUACCUCGCCAGAAGACCUAAGGCUUGCCUUCUGGGGCAUGGUUAAGCAUGACCACCCCGAUGCGCUCUUGUUGCGAUUCCUUCGUGCGCGCAAAUAUGAUGUCAAUCGUGCACUGGUGAUGCUGGUGUCUGCGUUCAGAUGGCGCUCACAGGCCAUGCAUCUUGACGACAACAUCAUGGUUAAGGGUGACUGUUUUAUGGAAGAAGAGAGCAAAAGCGAUGACCCAGCCAAGCAGCAAGAAGCAACUGAUUUUUCAAAGCUUCUUCACCUCGGCGAGAGUUUCAUUCAUGGCACCGACAAGUCCGGACGGCCGAUAUGCUAUAUCCGAGUGCGCCUGCACCGAAUCGGGGCUCAUUGUGAAUCUAGCCUUGAACGAUACACUGUCUACCUUAUUGAGACGUCAAGAAUGCUUCUUCAGAGUCCAAUAGAAACCGCUGCUCUUAUAUUUGAUAUGACUGAUUUUUCGCUGGCAAAUAUGGAUUAUGCCCCCAUUAAAUUCAUGAUUAAGUGCUUCGAAGCCAACUACCCUGAAAGCCUGGGCGUGAUUCUAGUCCACAAAGCACCCUGGAUCUUCUCUGGCAUCUGGUCCGUUAUCAAAGGCUGGCUUGACCCGGUGGUUGCUGCCAAAGUACAUUUCACCAGGACGACCGAGGACCUGGAAGCACUCGUUCCCCGCAGCAACCUCCUCAAAUCACUCGGCGGCGAUGAUGAGUAUGAAUAUAAGUAUAUUGAACCCACCGAAGGCGAAAACGAUAAGCAAAAGGAUACAGCUAGCCGUGAUGAAUUAUUAAAGACACGGAUGGAGAUAGCCACCGCUUUCCAGGAUGCAACUCUGUCCUGGGCCGGGCUCAAAUCGAACUCAACUGCCAACGGAGAAAGUGAUAUAAAGAGAACCAGGAAUGAGCUGGCUGAUAAGCUCCGCGAGAAUUACUGGCAGUUAGACCCGUAUAUUCGUGCAAGAUCCAUGUAUGACCGUUUGGGCCUCAUUCCGCCGUCAAAGGAAACCACAGAACUGCCAUCUUCCGCACAGCUGUCGGAAAAGACGAAUGGAGAGACCGUGCCGGCAGUAGCCCAGGCAGUCGAACAGCCUGCUCCAGUGGCCUGA